UUUCACUCUCUCGCUUCUCAUCUCAUAAUUUUCCAACUAAGAAGCCGGUAGUCAUCUAUCUCCCUCUCGCUGUUUGAAACCUUAGCACAGCUCAAAUAAAACGAAUUUGAAACUCGGAGAUUUUGAUUUUUUUCGUGCUUUUUUUUAAAGCCGUUUCACAGUUUUAUGAACUCUGUUUUUCUCUGUUUGGAAAUUUGCGUUUCCUCUGUGAAAAAGAAUGGGAACGAGUUGGAACGAAGAAGUGACGAGCUGCUACUCAUUGUGCUGCCGGGAUCGACGAUCGUCCAAGCACAUCCGCGACAACGUUCACGGCAACAUCUACCUUGAUAAGUUUUUCUUAAAGUUUGUUGACACGGAGCAGUUUCAAAGACUUCGCGAUCUAAAGCAACUUGGUCUGUCGCACAUGGUGUACCCAGGAGCUGUUCAUUCUCGCUUUGAGCAUUCGCUGGGAGUUUAUUGGCUUGCUGAUGAAGCUGUUCAUACAAUUAAAGCUCACCAAGGUUCGGAGAUCAGCAUUGAGCGUAAUGAUAUCAACACAGUAAAGCUUGCUGGACUAUUGCAUGAUGUUGGACAUGGACCAUUUAGCCAUCUGUUUGAGCGCGAGUUUCUUCCCCGGGUGCUUAAUGGAUCUGAAUGGUCUCAUGAGGACAUGUCAGUGAAGGUGAUUGAUUACAUUGUUGAUGAGCACAACAUUGAAAUAGAUGCUGCAAUGCUUAAGAAUGUGAAGGACAUGGUACUUGCUAGCUCAGCAAAUUCUUUUCAAAAUACUGUGAACGAAAAGCGUUUUCUAUACGAUAUUGUUGCAAAUGGUAGAAAUGGAAUAGAUGUUGAUAAAUUUGACUAUAUUGAACGCGACUCUCGUGCUUGUGACCUUGGCUUCAAUUUUCAGUUUCAGAGGUUAAUGGAAACGAUGAGAGUGAUGGAAGACGAGAUAUGCUACCGGGCGAAGGAUUAUCUGACUGUCCACAAGUUAUUUGCUACUCGAGCUGAUUUACAUAGAACAGUUUACACACAUGCUAAAGUAAAGGCAAUAGAACUCAUGGUUGUAGAUGCUUUAACAUUAGCAAAUGGUGAACUGAGUAUAUCGGCAUCAAUCCAUGAGCCAGCUGAAUUUUGGAAGUUAGAUGAUUCAAUAGUAAAACAAAUUGAAACCUCUGAUAAACAAGAGCUGAAGAAAGCGAGAGAUCUGGUCUGGCGCAUCCGGAAAAGAGACCUAUACCAGUUCUGUAAUGAGUAUAUUGUUCCAAAGGACAAGCAAGAGCAUUUCAAGUCCAUCACUCCUCAAGAUAUUGUUUGUUCUCAGAAAAAUGGUGACCCCCCAUUGAAAGAGGAAGAUAUUGCUGUGAGCAUUGUGAAAAUUGACCUGACUCGCGGGAGGAAUAACCCUCUCGAAAGCAUCAAGUUUUUCCAGGAUUACGAGACUGAUUUCAAAUUUCCUAUACGAGAUGAGCUCAUAAGUCACCUGCUGCCUUCAUUUUAUCAAGAUAUGAUUGUCAGAGUAUACUCCAAGAAAUCUGAACUGGUAGGAGCAGUUUCUAAGGCCUUUGAAAAUUAUCAGCUAAAGACAUAUGGAAGGAAAGCACAAGUUCAUGAUACCCCUGAGAAGAAGAAAAGCCGGCUUAGAUAUUAAUCACACACUACCUUCAUAUAUACAAAUACAAUAUUAUACUCGGUUUACUAAUUUACAAUACUCGUAUGGCUUGACCGAGUAAUUUCCUAAACCACAUUUUAAUACUAAGAAACUGGCU